AGCGAAUAUCAUAAGCGCAGAUCGGGUGUAGAAACAUCAGGAAGACACGCUAGGAGCCUACGCCGCGAAAAACGUAACCGCGCCGUCCAAAACACGACGCGCACGUGCGAGAGUGGGGGCAACGAGAGGGGGAAACGGCCAUUCCGAGGAAUCCGAGCGCCUCGCUGCACUGCACUGGGCCACUAGGCAAGACGAGGUUACCCAGAGGUCGCAGCGCAUCGUUUUUACAUUGCAGGUGCCAUGGACGGCUGGGACAGCACGACCAAGAGCGCGGUUCAGAAGAUUCCACUUCUGACCGUGAAGGCGGGCCCCAGAGACGAGCAGUGGAAGCAAAGACUCAAAGAGGAGUUUCAGGCGCUGAUCGAGUACGUGAAGAUGAACAAAGCGCGCGACAACGACUGGUUCCAGCUGGCGCCGGCCAAUGCGGAGGGCACCAAGUGGAAGGGAAAAUGCUGGUAUGUCUACAACCUGAUCAAGUACGAGUUCGACCUUCAGUUUGACAUCCCCGUCACGUACCCUGCGACGGCUCCCGAGCUGGAGCUACCCGAGCUGGACGGCAAGACAGCAAAGAUGUACCGAGGAGGGAAGAUUUGCCUCACCAUUCACUUCAAGCCCUUGUGGGCAAAGAACAGUCCGCGGUUUGGGAUAGCGCAUGCACUGUGUCUAGGCCUUGGGCCCUGGUUAGCAGCGGAAGUGCCUUUCCUUGUCGACUCUGGUGUUGUCCGGCCGAAAGACGCCACAGCCAGGCCACCACCAACCACUUGAAUUCACUUGUGGUAGCCAUUCAGCCACCCUAGUAGAUGCAUGUAUGGAGACUAGGCCUCUGGAUAGGACUUAUAAGGGUAUUCCCUAUCGCGAGGAAAAGUUGGCUAGGACAAGGGCAAGCACAAAGUUUGUAUCCAAGUGUUAUUCCCUCUAAGAAAUGCACCUAGCUAGGCUAUAUCUCAUAUACAUCUAGCAUAUAAAUAUAUAUGAACUCUAACUUUCCAC